GGCGAUCAUUCGAGGGUUCGCAUGCAGCAAGCACGAGCAGUCGUCGCCAUCGUCCUCGCGCUGGUCGCGCUGGCCGUGGGCCACAUGCACGACAUGGGCGAUAUGCAUGGCAUGGACCACAUGCCCAUGGGCAACGGCAAGCACUGCCCCAUCUGCAACAUGAACGCCGAGGACGCCUGGUACGUCGAGAUGAAGCACGGCCAAAGACUCUUCACGUGCUCGAUGACAACCGGCGACAACUUUGCAGCAGGCAUCCACGCCUUCUCGCACCCUGCGCUCCUCGGCGCCGCCAUGAGCGACUACGUGGCGACCGACGCGACGCAGUGCGUGGCGGGCUGCGCCGACUGCAACAGCAACACGACGCUUCUCGACCCGGUCUCGGGCGCCGCCAUUACCAGCGACAAUGCUCGCUUUCUCUGCCUUGCCCGCGGCCAGAAGCUGUACUUUGCCUCGGAGACAACCAAGUCGGCGUUCGCCGCGGCCCUUCCGUCGCAGCCUUACUUUGGCGUGCAGAACGUCAUGUGCGGCGGGCGCCCCUGCCCGGACGCGUUCCAGUUACCAGCCGACGUCGUGCCGGCCGCGCCGUUUUGCACGGGCGCGUCGGUCAUGCUCUCGGGGUUUCAAUCGACGGUCCAUGGCACGUGCGUCAAGCUCUUCUUCCAGUCGUGGGUGCUCGACACGCCGUUCAAGUACGCGCUGGCCUUCACGGGCAUCUUUUUCCUCCCGCUCGCCAACGAGUACCUCGUCCACACCCGCGAGGCGGUGCGCAUGGCCUUCCUCAAGGCCCGAAGCAGCCGCUACAGCAGUCUGGGCAAGCGCAGCCGCAAACUCGUGCUGACGCUGCUCUACAUGGUGCAAAUGACGCUGGCGUAUUUCGCCAUGCUCGUCGUCAUGAUCUACGACACAGGCCUCUUUCUCGCUUUAAUUUUGGGCUUUGGCGUUGGCUUUGCGCUCUUUAAAAGCGACAAGACGCUCAGCGGCAAGUCGUCCGGCAUGGUGCCCGCUGCGUGGCGCUUCGACGACACGGACUCGCUCACCGUGCUCUCGAUCGGAGGCAUGAUGUGCAUGCAGAACUGCGGCAACACGGUCCAGAACGCGCUCGAGAACGUUCCGGGCGUGCACCGUGUCUUUAUUGGCUUUACCGAAAAGUGCGCGUACGUCUCGGGCACGGCGACGACCAAAGCGCUCUGCAGUGCGAUCGAGGACUGCGGGUUCGAGGUCCACGUCGUGCGACCGCCCAAGGCCGAGACACCGUCCGGCUACGGCGCUGCCUUUCACUUGGCCUAACCCAUCAUCUUGUUUACUUUUUUUAAUAACGACGACAUUUUCUGCACCUGU